UCCCAGCGGACGCGAUGGCAGACGACGACCAUAGCCUUCUGGAGCCAUGGUACUACAUCCGCGCGAUGCCCGGCAAGAACAUCCGGGCCAUCAUGGUCGACGCGUUCCAGCUCUGGCUCGCGAUUCCGGACGACAAGGUGGCGGCGAUCAAGGACAUUGUGGGCACGCUCCACGACGCGAGCUUGCUCAUCGACGACAUUGAAGACAACUCGGAGCUCCGGCGCGGGCAGCCGGUGGCGCAUGCCAUCUUUGGGAUUCCGUCGACGAUCAACUGCGCCAACUUUGCCUUCUUCCUCGCGCUCGAGCGCUGCAACGCGCUCGGGAGCCCGCGUGCGAUGGAGCUGUACAUUCGCGAAAUGAUCAACCUCCACCGCGGCCAAGGCCAGGACAUUUUGUGGCGUGACACGGCAUCGUGCCCGACCGAAGACGCGUACAAAGCCAUGGUCAUCAACAAGACAGGCGGCCUCUUCCGCCUCGCCGUCGGUCUCAUGCAAGCGUUUAGCGACUGCACCUCGGACUUUAUUCCGCUCGUCAACUCGCUUGGCCUGUAUUUCCAGAUCCGCGACGACUAUAUCAACCUCGUCGACACCGAUUACAUGGAGCACAAGAGCUACUGCGAAGACUUGACCGAAGGCAAGUUUUCCUUUCCGCUGCUCUAUGGGAUCCAGAAGGACCCGAGCGACCACCGGCUCCUGAGCAUCCUCAAGCAACGCACGACCAACCGCAGCGUGAAGGAGCACGCUGUCAAGUACCUCGCCGAGACGGGCGCGUUCGAGUACACAAAGGCGUAUCUCGAGGCGUUGUACACCGAGAUCCUCAGCGAAAUUGCUGCUUUGGGCGGCAAUCCGAUGCUCGUUGGCCUUGUCCAGAAGCUCCACGCGACACUGACCUCGGCCUCGUAGCGGGCAGAUGCGCCAGCACCCAGCAUCAUCAUCGUCAUGCAAUAGGACACUCC